AUUGCACGUGAUUUUGAACUGCUAAAGGUAGACCCAAGCUAUUAUCAUACCUUUGAAGUGCAACAGCUGGAGAGCAGUCAGAGGUUUGCACCUCCUGUCUCUGCUAUCAGGAAGGGAGAUGCACGGGUGAGAGGUCAGACAGGAGUUCUCUCCGAGCGCCGCGGCUCCUACCCAUUCAUAGACUCCCGUCUUCUUAACAAUACCACACUCUCAGGGGAAAUUGGCACCAAGAAAAAGGUGAAAAGACUGUUAAGUUUCCAGAGGUAUUUCCAUGCAUCCCGGUUACUGCGUGGAAUUGUCCCACAAGCCUCUCUGUACCUACUGGAUGAGGACUACCUUGGGCAAGCAAGGCAUAUGCUAUCCAAAGUGGGAAUGUGGGAUUUUGACAUUUUCUUGUUUGACCGCUUGACAAAUGGAAACAGUCUCGUAACACUGCUUUGUCACCUCUUCAAUGUGCAUGGACUUAUUCACCAUUUCCAGUUAGAUAUGGUUACAUUACACAGGUUUUUAGUUAUGGUUCAAGAAGAUUACCAUAGCCAAAACCCAUACCACAAUGCUGUCCAUGCUGCUGAUGUCACACAAGCUAUGCACUGCUAUCUGAGGGAGCCCAAGCUUGCCAACUUCCUCACCCCGCUGGACAUCAUGCUCGGACUGCUAGCUGCUGCGGCUCAUGAUGUGGAUCAUCCAGGGGUCAACCAACCCUUUCUGAUCAAAACUAACCACCACCUUGCCAGCCUGUACCAGAACGUUUCAGUGCUAGAAAAUCAUCACUGGCGGUCUACAAUAGGCAUGCUUCGAGAGUCCCGGCUCCUCGCCCAUCUGCCCAAGGAGGUGACACAGGACAUUGAGCGGCAGUUGGGCUCCCUGAUUUUGGCAACAGACAUCAACAGGCAGAAUGAGUUUUUGAUCCGUCUGAAAUCUCACCUUGACAAUCAGGAUUUGAGGCUGGAGGAUGCACAAGACAGACAUUUUAUGCUUCAGAUUGCGCUCAAGUGCGCUGACAUUUGCAACCCUUGCCGCCUCUGGGAUCUGAGCAAACAGUGGAGUGAGCGGGUCUGCGAAGAGUUUUACCGGCAAGGUGACCUGGAACAAAAAUUCAAACUGGAAAUAAGCCCACUUUGUAAUCAGCAGAAGGAUACAAUACCAAGCAUACAGAUUGGGUUCAUGACAUACAUUGUAGAGCCACUCUUCGAGAGGUGGGCCCAGUUUACAGGCGAUACCCCCCUAUCUGAAAACAUGCUAAACCAUCUCAGGAGGAACAAGGCCAAGUGGAGGAGUUUGCUCCACAAGCAACACAGCAGUAGUAGGAGCAAUGACCACUCAGGUCAAGUGACUGGCAGCCAAGAACAGACUUUAAAUGAAGAGACUCCUUAGUGGCAGCUUUGCACUUUUCCUUAGAGCACUAUCUCUGUCUUGAUCACAGCAGCAAACAAAAUCCCGGGGAGCUAGGAGCCUGUUGUCAAGACUGUGGAAAGGGAAGAAAUGGCAAAGCAGAAGCUGUAAGGGUCCUUGCAAACAAGCCCACGGUUCUGCUGGGUUCCUUUCUGGAUGUCCUUCACGUUCCUCUCCCCUCUCUUCAUGCCUGAUGCCAUUCAUCACUUCUGAUCAUGAACUGCCUGAAUGUGGAGUCACAGUCAGCCGUACUGAAGCCGUGAAGCAGGGAGAAUUACUGAGAGAACAGGGGAGGCAGACAGAGGCACUCCUGGUCAGAUCUCCAUUCACCAUGAGUCAUACUGUGACAUAUGUAUAUAGGCCCAGAGCAUCCUACGCUUCCCAGGCUGGCAGCGGGGCUGCACGUUAAACCACCAGCACCUUCAGCAUCCAGAGGACACUGGCUGAGUGAGACAGCGCUCGCAGAGGGCAGAGAGAGUCCGGUUAUUUUAGUAAUUAA